CCUCCAUCUCUCUCUCCAUACACCCCUUCCAAUUUGAAAAUACAAUAUUAAAGUCGAGUACACACACUGACACACUACACUUGGGUGAAGUGGAGGAAUUUGGACUCUGCUAAAGCCUAAAAAGCAAGUACGCGUAAAAAAACUACAACCCAAUCACCGCCCGAGAGAAAUUUCAUAUCAUACUGCCUUAUCGUAAACCUUAUUUAAAUAAGUAUUCAAUUUAUUGCAGAAAAAAUAUACAGGAAACCGACGGCCAGUAACCGUCGCUGGCUUAUCACCGCCGUUAUUUUUGGAGAUAUUCCGCAGUGACCUUUAAUUCGAAAUUCUGCAGAAGAGUUUUUUAGACACGACACGAACUUUGUGCCUUUGAAGAAAGUUUGGGAGCGGUCGAUGGCUUGUUUGCGUCAGAAGAAUUACUAAAAAACGAUCAAUUUCGGCUGCUACUUCUUAUUUUAACGAAGCAGGAAAGAUUCAAGAAGCAAUGAAGAUUCUUCGAUUUACGAUCAUUUUUUUCUUUCUUGGGGUAAAAGAUGACAUCUGCAUUCACCGGGACAUACGGAAUCAAUUACGGUCGAAUAGCAAAUAAUAUACCUUCGCCCGACAAAGUUGUUACUAUACUGAAAGCUGCAAAGAUAAAGAAUGUGAGGAUCUAUGAUGCUGACCACACUGUUCUAAAUGCAUUCAAAGGGAGUGGUCUCGAGUUAGUAAUUGGCCUCCCGAACGAAUAUGUAAAAGAUAUGAGUAGUAAUGCAGAUCAUGCCUUAACAUGGGUUCGAGAUAAUGUCAACGCCUUUCUUCCAGAGACUCACAUAGUCGGGAUUGCCGUGGGGAAUGAAAUUUUGGGCGGGAAUGAUAAUGAUCUUGCGUCAUCUUUAUUAGGUGCCGUGAAAAAUAUACACAAUGCCACCAAAACUCUCGGUUUGGAUCGCAUUAUUCAGAUUUCCACUGCUCAUUCUCAGGCGGUUUUCGCUAAUUCUUACCCUCCUUCUUCUUGCAUCUUCAAAGAAGGAGUUGCGCAGCUAAUGAAGCCUCUGUUGGACUUUUUUUCUCAAAUCGGCUCUCCUUUCUGUCUCAACGCAUACCCAUUUUUAGCUUACACUUAUAAUCCAGGCAAAAUAGAUAUAAAUUACGCGCUUUUUCAGCCCAACCAAGGGAUUUACGAUAACAAAACCAAUUUGCAUUACGAUAACUUGCUCGAUGCUCAAAUUGAUGCGGCCUAUGCAGCUUUACAAAAUGCGGAUUUCAAGAAAAUGGAAGUCAUAAUAACAGAAACUGGCUGGGCUUCACAUGGGGAUGAGAAUGAACCUGCAGCUACUCCUGACAAUGCAAGAACAUAUCACUAUAAUUUGCGAAAAAGGUUGGCCAAGAGGAAAGGGACUCCAAUGAUGCCAAGAACUAUGUUGAAAGCAUACAUAUUUGCUUUGUUCAAUGAGAAUUCAAAACCUGGAGCUGGUUCUGAGAAAUACUAUGGAUUGUUCAAAGCAGACGGGACUAUUUCUUAUAAUAUUGGCUUUCCUGGACUUAGAUCUUCAUCAGCAACUUCUUCCCGACAGGUACUGUUAUUCUUUUCCAGGAUGUGAUUUACAAUUUGGGCAAUCUGGCUAUUAUGAUAAUUGUUAUAUGAUUCGGUUUAAGAGGAGAUGAAUGCCUGUCUUUUGUGCGAUAAAAUUUCAGGUGGAGCAAAGGAUGGUUUUUUCCAUUUAAAAUAUUGCUUAGGUUAGGCCCAUAGAGAAAGAUUCAGCAUGCGUGUGAUUUGCGAGUCAUAACAUCCAUAGAGAUGUCUUUUAAUGCAAUUAGUUUAUAUAUAUAUAUUUCACAGUCUCAGCUCCAAGAAACCAUAUACUAUAUUUGUCGGGCCUAGUUGUCAUGAUCCUAUAUUGCAGGAGAUCUAUUCUGAAGUGUCCACUUUUUUAGGAUCUUUUUGCAUUUUUUUUUUCUUUUUUCUU